AUGGCAAGGAUUUUCACAAAUGAUGAACAAGAAGCAAAUACUAUGAAGAUUGUUGGGACACGUGGUUACAUGUCCCCUGAGUAUGUUAUGGGGGGAAACUUUUCCAUAAAAUCUGAUGUCUAUAGUUUCGGAGUGUUGAUGCUAGAAAUCCUAAGUGGAAGGAAAAACAAUAGCUUCUACAAUGAUGACCAUGCCAUCAAUAAAGUUGGCUAUGCAUGGGCCUUAUGGAGAGAAGGUGCAGGACUAAGACUAACGGAUCCAAGACUUGGCGAUUCAUGUGAUAAAAAUCAAUUCUUGAGCCGGGAGCACAAUGAGACCAGCGGAAUCGCUUUCUUGGAGUAUUGGCUCUGUAAAUUCAUCUUCUGCACUUCCUCUUGCAAGCCCACUGGUGCCUGGACUUUGCUGGCAACGGCCCUCUACAACGGCCUCAGUAUCAGGCUUGGGCAACCGGUGCUAGGAGCCCUUUAUCGUACUUUGUAUCAAGCCACCAUGCAUCCCUUUGAAACUAGCAUAUCUGGCCCCUUUUGGAUUUUGGACUUCUGGAUCCAAGCUUAUUUUCCAUUCUUCCGUGGCGAUGACAUUCUGAUGCUUCCCCCAACCGACUAA